UGUACGAGUCCUUACAAUCCCUCAACAAAUCGAUUCUCCAGCCAAUGAACGACGGGCAAUUCUCAUUUGCAACCAAGCUUGGUAAGAUGGUGGAAUGGGAGGACAUCAGCCGAUGGUUCGUGAAGGCGCCUAGUUGGGUGCCAUACGUUGUCAUCUCAAGUGCCGCUGCCCUUCUCCUUCUCAUCAUGGCAUGCACCUGCCGAAAGGUGUGUUGUCGACGGAGACAGUCGAAUUACGAAGCGAUCACAAAGGACCUCGAAGGCGAAGAGCGCGAGUUCGAGCUCGGUCUGUCGUCGGACGAAGACGACUUGGACGGUCACGUAGUGGGAUUCAACGACGAAGAACUCAAGCAAAUGGAAAUGCUCGAGUCGUACGGUGUCCAAACCGACCAAAUGACGCCGGAUGCGGAUUUACCGCCGUUGUCACCGACUGCGGCCACCACGUCGUUCCGGCCCAAGAAAGCCCAUCUUGAUGGCAACUAAUCCCUUAACGUUAAUCGUAUUUAUAUUUCCCAA